AUGUCGUCAGCAUCGUCAGGGUCGUCAACGUCGUCAGUGUCGUCAACGUCGUCAAUGUCGUCAGCAUCGUCAGCAUCAUCAGUGUCGUCAGUGUCGUCAACGUCGUCAGUGUCGUCAACGUCGUCAGUGUCGCCAGCAUCGUCAGUGUCGUCAACGUCGUCAGCGACGUCAGUGUCGUCAACGUCGUCAGUGUCGUCAGUGUCCAUCGUCAGUGUCGUCAGCAUCGUCAGUGUCAUCAGUGUCAUCAGCGUCGUCAGUGUCAUCAGCGUCGUCAGUGUCAUCAGCGUCGUCAGCAACGUCAGUGUCGUCAGCAACAUCAGUGUCGUCAGCAUCGUCAGUAACGUCAGUGUCGCCAGCGACCUCAGUGUCGUCAGCAUCGUCAAUGGUGUCAGCAUCGUCAAUGGUGUCAGCAACGUCAGCGACGUCAGUGUCGUCAGCAUCGUCAGUGUCGUCAGCAUCGUCAGGAACGUCAGUGUAGUCAGCAUCGUCCGUGUCACCACUGUCGUCAGUGUCGUCAGUGACGUCAGUGUCAUCAGCAUUGUCAGCGACGUCAGUGUCGUCACGACGUCAGUGUUGUCAGCGGCGCCAGUGUCGUCAGCGACGUCAGUGUCGUCAGCGACGUCAGUGUUGUCAGCGACGUCAGUGAACUACCAUAAUUCGUAG